AUGGACACGCAAUUAAUAAUUGAAUUGAAAGGGUCCCUUAAGAAACAAGGCGGAUAUAAACAGGGUUCCUUUCUACUUAAUAAACCUAUAUGUGAUGCAUUUAAUCUAACUCUUGGGAAUAUCUAUACGGAUUUUUUAAAAGCCAUAAACCUCACUGACUACCUAAUUUCAGCUGGUUCAUAUUACGUCGAUGGCUUCUUCUUCGACAACACAAAGUUCAACGUCCCACAAGUUUACGGUGAAUACAAGAUGGAGUUCUACGUGAAGAAAGAUGAUGAAUUGCUACGUUGUUUCAAUGGCUAUUAUGAAUUUCAUCCAAAAACUUAUAAUUCU